UACGUGACUGACACGUCAUCAGUGCGCGACACGGGUCAGAAGCGAAAGGCUGAAUUCGUGCGCUGCCUGUGCGUACAGAUAACAUCCGAUUGCACUUUUAUGUUCCUGGUACAAUCCCUGUUCAAGAUGUCAGGCCACACACCCUCACUCCUGAGACUGGAACAGAAGGCUGCGGAGGCUGAUCAGAUCAUUGAGUACCUCAAACAGCAAGUCCAGCUGCUGAAGGAGAAAGCCAUUGUGCAGGCCACCGUUAGAGAAGAGAAGAAGCUCCUGGAGGAGAAUGCCAAACUCAGGAAGGACGUUGAGGAACUGAAGAAACAAGUUCUGGAAAAGGAAAGGAAGAGAGGAGUGAAAGAGGUGCCAAUGCCUUUAACGGAGACCAACGUCCAAUGUGUGUCUAAACCGACAGCCCCGGAGCCACCUGCCCCAGCAACCCCUGCUGCUCCAGACACAAAAACCACUCCAGCCAAAGACAAUGAUGCCACCAAAAAAAUGAAAGCUGAGAAAAAGGGUGAGAAGAAGGAGAAGAAGGCAGCGACCCCUCCUCAGGAGGAGGCAAAAGUGGAUGUGUCUCGGUUGGAUCUGCGAGUGGGCCGCAUCAUCAGUGCCGAGAAACAUCCUGAUGCUGACUCCCUUUACGUUGAGCAGGUGGAUGUUGGGGAAGCGUCUCCACGCACCGUUGUCAGUGGUCUGGUAAAACACAUCCCUCUGGAGCAGAUGCAGAACCGCAUGGCUGUGCUCCUGUGCAACCUGAAGCCUGCUAAGAUGAGAGGCGUGUUGUCCCAGGCCAUGGUCAUGUGUGCCAGCUCUCCAGAGAAGGUCGAGAUCCUGGAUCCUCCCAGUGGAGCUGCGCCUGGAGACAGAGUUUCCUGUCAGGGCUUCCCAGGUGAGCCCGAUAAAGAGUUGAACCCUAAGAAGAAAGUGUGGGAGCAGGUCCAGCCGGAUUUGCGCACUGAUGGCCAAUGUGUGGCCACUUACAAGGGAGCUGCCUUUGAGGUUACUGGCAAAGGGGUGUGCAAAGCUCAGACAAUGGGUAACAGUGGAAUUAAAUAGAAACCCCUUGCAAACACCAGAUGUUCAGCAAGAACUUCCUUCUAUGAGAAGGGCUGAUUUCUAAACCUCUGUAACUCUGCUGAUGAAAGGGAAAAUGUUUAAAAUUAAUAAAAUAUUUGAAU